AUGGUGAGAGCACUGAAUGUUCCUGCUCUGGGGCUUCUAGCCUGGCUUUGCUGGUUCUCCCCAGAGUCUGUGCAGGCUGGAAAGGUGCUUGCCAUCACUAAGAGUUUCCGGGUGCCCUACAGCAGUGAAGAGUUAAAGAGUCAGUUGGACCAUAUAAGGAAGAAUGCAUUCGAUAAGCUGCCGGGAUUUACCGUUAUCUUUAUGAAUUUUGGGAACCUGAUACAAUUCACAUCUAUGCAGGUGAAAGCUUGUGAGGGGCUGCUGUAUGAUGAGCCCCUGAUGAAGAGUCUUAGAGAGAUGGGAUUUGAUGUUCUGCUCAAAGAUCCUUUCUUGCCCUGUGGUACCAUCCUUGCUGAUACCUUUUCACUUCCCGCUGUUUAUUUCUUGCGUGGGAUUCCUUGUUGGCUUGAUGAGGCUGCAGCCCAGUGCCCCACACCUCCAUCUUUUGUCCCACGCUUCUUAACUGGUUUCUCAGAUAAGAUGAAUUUCCUUCAGAGAGUUUUUGAAGCUUAUCUCUGCCGCAUACUGUUUGCCAGCUCUGAUGAACUGGCCAGUAGAUAUCUUCAGAAGGACACUACUUACAAAGAGCUUCUAGGUCAUGGUGCAGUCUGGCUUCUAUGCUAUGACUUUACUUUUGAGCACCCCAGACCCCAAAUGCCAAAAAAUAUGGUCCUAAUAGGCGGCAUCAAUUGUGCUAAGAAGGGUCCUUUGGUGAAGGAGCUGGAGGAGUUUGUGAAUGGAUCUGGAGAGCAUGGGUUUGUGGUUUUCACUCUAGGCUCCAUGGUGUCACAGUUACCCGAAGCCAAAGCCAGAGAGUUCUUUGAGGCAUUUAGACAGAUACCUCAGAGGGUUCUAUGGAGGUACACUGGACCUGUCCCUGAAAAUGCCCCAAAGAAUGUUAAAUUGAUGAAGUGGCUACCACAAAAUGAUCUCUUAGGCCAUCCUAAGGUUAAGGCUUUUAUUACGCAUGGUGGAUUGCAUGGAAUCUAUGAAGGAAUCUGUAAUGGGGUGCCAAUGGUGAUGCUUCCACUGUUUGGAGACCAAGGAGAUAAUGUUCAGCGCUUAGUGUCUCGUGGAGUUGCAGAAUCCCUGAGUAUCUAUGAUAUUACCUCAGAAAAACUGCUGGUUGCACUGAGAAAGGUCAUCAGUGACAAAAGCUACAAGGAGAAGAUGACAAAGCUUUCAGCUAUCCACAGAGACCGUCCCAUUGAACCUCUAGACCUGGCUGUGUUCUGGACAGAGUUUGUUAUGAGGCACAAAGGGGCAGAGCAUCUUAGACCUGCAGCCCAUGAGCUGAACUGGAUUCAGUACCAUUGUCUGGACGUUAUCGGGUUUCUCAUUCUCAUUCUAGUGACUGUUAUUUUUGUGACUGUCAAAAGUUGCCUGUUCUGUUUCAGGAAGUGCUUUAGAAAAACUAAGAAAAAUAAGGAGGAGUAGAAAUGCUUUACUUUUUGUCCCUUUAUGUGGCAUGAUCGUGUGGGGAAUUAUUUAAUCUGUGUUUAUAUCAUUUUAUGACUCCAUGACUUCGCAAAACCUACCUAUUGGUCAAAGGACUGCAGUGCAUGUGUCAGUUAAACAUUUUUCUCUUUUAUGCCAAAGUUUGUUGGGCAUGGCUGUUAUUUUUAAUAUCAAAUUAGAUAUUAAAUUAACUUAAGGUUCACUUUAAAAUUAGCUUUGUGCACUUACUGGACUGAACAAAUUAAAUGAUCCCUGUUAUACAGUCCAUAGUCUGUUCUCUAAAGAAUGUAAGAAGUAAUUUCUUUGACAAAUUGGAAAAAUGCUCUCUCAAGCUGUAAUAUGGAGGUAGGAAACCAUCAAGGUGUCAAGAGUGUGAGAGAAGGACUCAAACGCAAGAAGCAAGUAAAGAGGCUUUAUUACAAAAAUAAACCAAAAUACAAACCAAAACACUCACAAUGGAGAAAAACAGAACUAAAAACUCUGCAACAAAAAAAAACAACAACAAAAAACCAGAAGAAACUGGAGCAGACUGGAACCAACCAACAGAGUAAACACACAAAACAAUCUGGCACAGGAUUGAACAAGAGAGGAGCUUAAAUAGGGGAGGGUAAUGGGAAACAGGUACAGCAGAUAAUGAGCAGGGUGGAGUGUCUGGGCAACGGAGCUAGUGUUCUCCACCUGGCACCUGCAAACACGAGGAAGAGGGUGAAACAGAAACAAGCACAUACAAGAAACAAGCAGGCAGAGGAGACCGUCAUGAUCCUGCCACAACAUUAAUAAACAAAGACAAAAGUGGCAGGACCAUGACACAAGGCAUGUCCAAAAUCAGUAUUUGUGUAACAUCAUAUCAACUAAGGUGCCUCCAUCUCGAUUUUUGAAGGCGGCAUAGAUCCAUAGUAUCCUUCACUGCUUAUGAUAUACCAUAAUCCUGUGUGUGCUGUUCGGCAGUUGGGUGAAAGAAUAAAAAGUGGUGUCUGAUGGAGAGGUUGAAGGCUGUAAAUAAAUUUAUAAAUGAUUCUAAACUAUAUUUGAUUCUAAGAAAUGAGCAUUCAAGUCAUUAAAUGUGCUUUGUUCUCUCCAAAACAUGAAUGUGUAAUCUAGAUAAUCUAACGUAACAUUAUGGUGUCUUGAAACUCUGUGUGAAGCUGGAUUUCUUUAGGUACUUGAUACAAAAUUCUGUUAAGGAUUUUUCCUCAGCCAUAUGCUAAAAAAAGCUAAACUGUAAUUGAUCGCUGUUCAAUUCAGUGCACUAAAUUGAAUACAGAAGCUCAUGAUAGGGUCUUUUUUUUUUUUUUUUUUAUUAGCAGAAUGGUAAAUAGCAGAUGCUGUAAGAAAAGAUACAUGGUUUCUGAAGACAGAUUGUCCUGGCCAGAUAAAAGCAUAUACCUCAUACCAAAGGCACAAAUUCUGCAUUAACUGUGGCAUAUUCAGUGGCCUACUGUGGCAAUUCUGUGGCAUACCACAUGUUGCAGAAGCUCUCAUAAAGGAAGAGUGCAUUCAAUGAAAUUUAUGAUAAAUUCAUAUGUUACUUUUUCUAUUUUGUUCCCACAGUGAAGUGUUUAUCAAAUAAAUAUAGUGACCCUUUAUGCUAUUGCUCAAUAAGAAAGCAAGAAAAACAAUAUCCUAACAUCUGAGAGAUUUGCAGGCCAUGAUCGAGAGUAGAUUUUUCUACUAAUGUGACAACAGUUUCUGAAAUGAAAAAUAUAUGAUAAUUGCAAUUAUAAUAUUCAUAUUCAUUCACCUUUAGCAGGUAUAUGAGUGCAGUGUGUGGACAAUGCACCCAUGUUUUUCUCUCAUCAUUGCCCUUGUGUACAUGCAUGGUGGUGAAAAUGAUAGAGAAUAAAAGUGUAAAAAAAGAGAGAAAAUUAUUACUGUUUCAUUCUGCUUUCUAAAGACUAUGAAUACAUUUCAAUUGAAUUAAAAAUGCAUUUCUUUCCCCUUCAGGUUUCUACACCUACAAUAGUGGGUUGAAGACAUGCUGUCAACUUAAUACAAAAAAUUAUUGAAAAUUAAAGCAUUGAAGCGCAAAAAGCAGAAGAGUUUAUUGGACUUCCAGAUUUUGUGGCUGAUGGAGAUGAGCAGGUAUUUUAUUUUGAUCCUUGUGCACAUGACAGUCUUUCAAAAUAAACUCUGCAACUAACUGAAUGACUGACUGACUAAGUGAAUAUUAUUGAGUGUGUUAUUUUGAGUAUUACAGGUAUAAAUAUGAUUGAUGAAUAUGAGAAUGCAUUCAUAAAUUCACAGCAUGCCCACCUCUUCAGACACAUCUACACCACUGGUAUGACCAUUUCUGAGCCUUUUUUUUCUCUAAUCACACAGCUCAGUUUCUCGGUACGUGAUAAACUGAUGGUCCCUGACAAGAGUUCAGAAGUGUGGUGGUGGGCUGAACUGCAGGGUCACCUUGGUUAUGUCCCAUCCAGGUUUCUACACCUACAAUAGUGGGUGGGUUUUUAGGGGCACUGGUGGCUCAGUGGUUAAGGCUCUGGGUUACUGAUCAGAAGGUCAGGGGUUUAAGCCCCAGCACCACCAAGAUGCCACUGUUGGGCCCUUGAGCAAGGCCCUUGACCCUAUCUGCU